AUGAAGAAUUUGAACCACUACUUUCAGAGGUCGCGAGUGUACCGCGUGGAAAGGAAUACACCGCCUGCGCUGACAACACGGGACCCGAACGAUCCGGACCACGCGAGCGCCCCGGCGUCCGAGGCUCGGGUCCCAAAUGGUCCUGACGGCCCAAGUACCCUCCGACAUUUUGCUACUCCUUUUAAGAGCUUCAAGGUAUCUAUCUGCAGUGCCCCCCGCGCGCGCGCGCGUCCAAACACGCCUGACAAACGUCUACAAUGGGAAAUGGCGUCGCUCCGGGGGAACAAGAAGAAACGCACCGUCUCGGGCGCUAGCUCAUACGCACCGGCGACGGACUCGAUCCUCGCUCGUGAAAUGUGUAAAUGA